AUGGGAGAGAAGACGGAGCAGGCGGGCGGACAGCACGUCCAGCCACUGUCAAAGCCGGCUCACUCACUCACCUAUGAUGAAAUCCUCCGUGAGCUUCAGGUGAAUUCGGAGGAAGGUCUCUCCGCCGCUGAAGCAAAGAAGCGGCUGGAGUUGCAUGGACCCAACGAACUGGAAGGCGGCGAAGGAGUUUCGCUUGCCAAAAUUGUUAUUAGACAGAUUGCCAACGCGAUGAUGUUGGUCCUUAUCAUUGCGAUGGCCGUCAGUUUCGGAAUCCAAUCGUGGAUCGAAGGCGGCGUCAUCGGCGCAGUCAUUGGUCUCAAUAUCGUGGUGGGCGUGUAUCAGGAUUAUGCUGCAGAGAAGACCAUGGAUUCUCUCCGGAACUUGAGUUCGCCUACUGGUGUAGCCACCCGCGACGGAAAAACGAAUACUAUCCCCGCCACUGAAAUUGUCCCCGGAGACAUGAUUGAACUGAAAGUUGGUGACACUGUCCCAGCGGAUGUUAGACUAGUCGAUGCCAUGAACUUUGAAACAGAUGAGGCGCUGCUGACCGGCGAGUCGCUACCUGUUCAGAAAGAGGUCGACAUGACCUUCGAUGAAGACACUGGACCUGGAGAUCGUCUGAAUAUCGCAUACAGCUCCUCAACCGUUACCCGGGGUCGAGCUCGCGGAGUCGUAGUCGGCACUGGAAUGAAAACCGAAAUCGGAGCCAUCGCUGCUGCACUUCGUGCGAAAGACUCGCGAAAGCGCCCCGUUAAGCGCGGCCCGGAGGGUGAAACCAAGAAGCGAUGGUAUGUGCAGGCCUGGACAUUAACAGCCACCGAUGCUGUUGGUCGGUUCUUGGGUAUCAACGUUGGAACGCCGCUGCAGCGCAAGCUUUCCAAGUUGGCGCUGCUUCUUUUCGCCAUCGCUGUUGUAUUCGCGAUUGUUGUCAUGGCUGCCAACUCGUUCAGCAACCAGAAGGAAGUCAUUAUCUAUGCUGUUGCCACUGGACUUGCGAUGAUUCCAGCUUGCUUGGUUGUGGUCUUGACCAUCACGAUGGCGGUGGGAACAAAGCAAAUGGUUGAGAGACAUGUCAUUGUCCGGAGACUUGAUUCCCUGGAAGCACUCGGUGCUGUGACUAACAUCUGCUCAGACAAAACGGGAACUCUCACCCAAGGCAAGAUGGUCGCCAAAAGAGCAUGGCUCCCAUCGCUGGGAACAUAUUCAGUUGGAGCUUCUAGCAACCCAUUGGACCCUACUGAGGGUGAUGUUAGCCUCUUGACCGAUUCCCCCGCCAAGCUUGAGCGCGAUGUGCAAGGCGAGCCCACAGACCCCCAAGAACUGAUCAAAGAAAACCAGACCUUGGAGGAUUACCUAAAUGUUGCCGCCAUGGCUAACCUGGCCUAUGUGCACAAGUCCGAGAAAGAAUGGCAGGCUCGUGGUGAACCAACCGAUAUUGCAAUUCAGGUCUUCGCAUCCCGCUUCAACUGGGGCCGUGAGCGCUGGACAAAGGGAGAGAAACCGAUCUGGAAGCAAAAGGCCGAGUACCCGUUCGACUCAACUGUGAAGAAAAUGUCCGUCAUUUUUGCCCGCGACGGUACCUCUGAAAAGGACACUCGCCGCCAAAUGGUUUUCACAAAGGGCGCCGUGGAGCGAGUCUUGGAGUCUUGCACCUCUGUCCUCUGGACUGCUGGCGAAGAACCCAUUCCAAUGACCGAGGAUACCCAGAACCAGAUCCUUCAAAACAUGGAGGCCCUUGCAAAGGAGGGUCUUCGAGUUCUGUGCCUGGCUUGCCGCGAAGAUGACAGCGUCAUUGAGAACAGCGAAGAAGUGCCCCCUCGCGAACAGGUCGAGGCGAACCUCACGUUCUGUGGACUGAUCGGUUUGUACGAUCCACCCCGAACCGAGACAGCUGGUGCCAUCGAAGAAUGCUACCGCGCUGGAAUCUCCGUCCACAUGGUCACCGGUGAUCACCCUGGUACGGCACGAGCUAUCGCGGCGCAGGUCGGUAUCAUCCCUGCCAACAUGGAUGGUGUUGCCAAGGACGUCGCAGACGCAAUGGUCAUGACUGCUAGUCAAUUCGAUAAACUCUCAGAGGAUGAAAUCGACAACCUGCCCACUCUUCCUCUCGUUAUCGCCCGAUGCGCUCCUAAUACCAAGGUCCGUAUGAUUGAUGCGUUGCAUCGCCGUGGCCGCUACGCAGCCAUGACAGGUGACGGUGUUAACGACUCGCCGUCGUUGAAACGGGCUGAUGUCGGUAUUGCCAUGGGAGAAGCGGGUUCUGAUGUAGCAAAGGAUGCAUCAGAGCUGGUUCUUACUGACGAUAACUUCGCUUCAAUCAUCAACGGUAUUGAAGAAGGUCGUCGGAUUUUUGAUAACAUUCAAAAAUUCGUCCUGCAUCUCCUCGCAGAAAACGUUGGUCUGGCGCUUACCCUCUUGAUCGGUCUCGUGUUCAAGGAUGUAAACGGGCAAUCUGUCUUCCCCAUUGCCCCUGUCGAGAUUCUCUGGAUUAUCAUGAUUACCUCCGGUAUGCCUGAUAUGGGACUGGGAAUGGAGAUUGCCGCCCCGGAUAUUAUGGACCGACCCCCACAAAGCAAACAAGGUAUCUUCACCUGGGAAAUCAUCGUUGACACCAUCGUGUACGGAAUUUGGAUGGCCGCUCUCUGUCUAACUUCCUUCUCCAUGGUCCUUUACGUCUGGGGCGACGGUAACCUCGGCGAGGGCUGCAACUCCAGCUACACACCCGAUUGCGAUACAGUUUUCCGCGCCCGCGCCACCACCUUCGUCUGCAUGACUUGGUUCGCCCUCUUCCUCGCCUGGGAGAUGAUCAACAUGCGCCGUAGCUUCUUCCGCAUGAAACCCGGCUCAAAGCUGUAUUUCACACAGUGGAUGCACGAUGUGUGGCGCAAUAAGUUUCUUUUCGGCGGUAUCAUGCUUGGUUUCGUCACGACGUUCCCUGUGCUCUAUAUCCCCGUCAUCAACGAUGUUGUCUUCAAGCACACCGGGAUCUCGUGGGAAUGGGGCGUUGUCGUCGUUGAAGCCAUUCUAUUCUUUUGCGGCGUCGAGCUGUGGAAGUGGUGUAAGCGCAUCUAUUUCAGACAUCAAGCAAAGAAGAAUAAGGACACGGGCCAUGUGUAUCGCGGCCCUCAGGAUUUCAGCCGCUACACGACUAUGAGCCGUUCGGAUACCCAGGCGACUGGGGAUAUCAAGCCGGAAGCCAGCAUGGUUUGA